CAUUUUUGAGUUGAGAAAUUUGGUUUUCACUUGUGUCAGCGUUGUUCGUCAGUAAACACUGGAGUUGCAACGACGCGAUAAGGAAUAGAAAAUACAACAAAUAUGCGCCUUCACCAAACUACGCGUUUAAAACACAUCUGCAUUGCAAAUACAACGGUGUCUAUAGUUAAGGAAAGUAACAAAACAGCGAGUGCUGCAAGUUCAAGAAGUUUGUUAGGUCAGAAGUUUUCAUGCACAGGUGUGUCUGGACCAUCUUACCUGCAUAUGGUAAAGACAAAUAUCUGGAAGGGAUGUAAACAGUUGGUUUAUUCGCCAAAAGUAACUUUUAACACAUACAGGAAAGAUUUUAUUCGUGCAUUUUCAACAAAAUACACUUAUGAAGACGCGUUUGGCCUUGCACGUGACAAACCCGAGAAGUUCUGGAGUGAAGCGGCAGAUGGUAUCACUUGGUUUGAACGCUGGACUCAAACUCUGGAUAAUACGGAUACAGUGUUUCCAAAAUGGUUUGUUGGAGGAAAGCUGAACAUGUGUUAUAAUGCUGUCGACCGGCAUGUGGAGAAUGGAAGAGGCGAUCAAGCAGCUGUCAUUUAUGACAGUCCGGUUACAGGCACUAAACAGGUCAUCACAUACAAGGAAGUGCAGGAGCAGGUGUCCAAGUUGGCAGGUGUCCUGGUGAGGCAUGGUGUGAAGACGGGUGACCUGGUGGUGAUCUAUAUGCCCAUGGUUCCUCAGGCCAUGUUCACCAUGCUGGCAUGUGCCCGUAUUGGUGCUACCCACAGCCUCAUAUUUGGAGGAUUCGCCUCUAAAGAGCUCUCUGUCCGCAUCGACCAUGCUAAGCCCAAGUUGCUGGUGACAGCAUCGUUUGGCAUCGAGCCGGGCAGAAGAGUGGAGUACAUUCCCCUGGUAGAGAAAGCUCUGGAGCUCAGCAGUCACAAACCUCACAAAGUCCUCGUCUACAACCGUCCCAGCAUGGAAAAGGUGUCUAUGCAUCCUGACCUGAGUUUGGAUUGGGAGGAGGAAAUGGCCACUGCCCGCCCUCAUGACUGUGUGUCCGUCCCCGCUAAUCAUCCUCUGUACGUCCUGUACACUUCCGGCACUACUGGUACUCCUAAGGGUGUUGUCAGAGAUUCAGGAGGAUAUGCUGUGAUGUUAAACUGGACCAUGUCUAAUGUUUACGGACUAGCUCCUGGUGAGGUCUGGUGGGCUGCGUCUGACCUUGGCUGGGUGGUGGGCCACUCAUAUAUCUGCUACGGUCCACUUCUUCAUGGCAACACCACUGUGCUCUACGAGGGCAAACCUGUAGGGACUCCAGACCCCGGGGCCUUCUUCCGUGUGAUGUCUGAACAUGGGACAGCCUCCGUGUUUACCGCUCCCACUGCUAUCAGAGCCAUUCGCCAACAAGACCCUCAGGCAGAACACGGGAAACGGUACCCGCUCAGCAGGCUGAGGAUCUUGUUUGUAGCUGGAGAACGCUGUGAUAUAGAGACCCUCGAAUGGGCCAAGAGGAAUUUUGGAGUCCCAGUGCUGGAUCACUGGUGGCAAACUGAAAGUGGCUCUUCCAUCACCGCGUCCUGUGUCGGUCUGGGCUGCUCACUCACUCCCCCCGCUGGUACAGCCGGUAAAGGCGUGCCGGGAUACAACGUGACAGUGAUUGAUGAUGAAAUGCAACAGGAAAAGCCAAGGACUCUGGGAAAUAUUGUGGUAAAGCUUCCUCUGCCUCCUGGGGCGGCUCUCAGUCUCUGGCAGAAUGAGACGCUGUUUAAGGAGUUAUACUUCACCAAGUUCCCCGGUUACUAUGACACCAUGGACGCCGGUUUUGCGGAUGAGGAGGGCUUCUUGUACAUCAUGUCUCGAUCCGAUGACGUCAUCAACGUGGCGGGUCACAGGCUGUCCACCGGCGCCCUCGAAGAGUCUAUCCUGAUGCAUCCUGCCGUAGUGGACUGUGCUGUGGUGGGACUUGAGGACUCCCUGAAGGGACACGUGCCGUUGGCUUUAUGCGUGCUCAGAAAUGACUGCCAGAAAAGCGAGGACGUGCUGGCGAACGAGAUGGUGAAACUGGUGAGGGACACCAUCGGGCCAGUGGCAGCUUUUAAGAAGGUAGUCUUUGUAAAAGCUCUUCCCAAAACCCGCUCAGGAAAAAUUCCAAGAUCGUCUCUUGCUAACCUGGUGAACCACAAGCCGUAUAAGAUCGGUCCCACCAUAGAAGAUCCUGAGGUGUUUAAGGACAUUGAGAAGAUUCUGUGAAAAGGAGCUGGUAAAUAAUUUACAACCAGAUGUGGAUGCGCACAUUUGCGCACGCACAAGCAAACACAUUCACUUACUUGCUACUUCCUCUUCAAGAUGUGAAAAUCUCUAUGGAAGAUAUUCCAUAGAGAAUCAUGAUUCCAAUUAGAAAGUACCCCUCAUUAUACCCUAAUAUUUUGAAUUAGUAAUGUGAUGUAAUUGAUGUGCAUUAACAUGAUAAUUUCCACUUGUUUAUGGUUUUGUAUAACUUGGACCAAAUAUAACCAGGACCAAAUAGAUGAAUUUUACAAAAAAUAUUUGGUUCACCCCUGAGAUCAAAAUGAAAACAAAAGGUGUGAAGGCACCGAUAAUUGUACCAGUAUUUAAAUUUAGUAAUUUGCAAGUUUUUUAUUGAUAUUCUCCACAUUGUAUAGUUUGCCAACUAAAGGAAAAAAAGUAGUUAUCAUAUGUAGUUAUCAUAAAAAUGGUCUGUAUUGCCUAAAGGAGAAGUCCACUUAAUAUAACAAUUUAAAAAUAAUUCACUCACCCCCUUGUCAUCCAAGAUGUUCAUGUCUUAA